GUUGGCCACCAACUUGCACGACUCGAAGCUCCGGAGGCAGAGAUAGACCGGCCGGCCGGCUCGUGGGUUUCGCCCAAAACCGUGGCCGCGCCCGCCUUCCUCUCGCUCCGGUCACCAUGCAGCUGCGGCCGCCACCUUCUCCUUCGGCUGCUGCCUAUAAGUGCACGGCCUCUUUGCAAGCCACAUCUCAUCUCACUCUUCGCCAACUCUUCACUACUGCUGCUGCUACAGAUAGGAGUAAGUACUCACAAGCUCUCUGCUACUCUUUCUGAAGAUCCGUCGCAAGCUUGCGCAUCUUAAUCCACUCUCGGAGGGGAGAUGUCGACUGUGACCCGUGCCUACCUGGACCAGAGGCUCGCCAUGGCCAAACGCUGCUCCAGAGAGGCAACGCUCGCCGGAGCCAAGGCGGCUGCCGUCGCCACCAUCGCAUCUGCAGUCCCAACGUUGGCGAGCGUGAGGAUGUCGCCGUGGGCGAAGGCGAACCUGAACCCGACCGGCCAGGCGCUCAUCGUCUGCACGGUGGCCGGGAUGGCCUACUUCGUUGCCGCCGAUAAGAAGAUUCUGUCGCUGGCGAGGCGGCACUCGUUCGAGGACGCCCCCGAGCACCUCAAGAACACCUCCUUCCAGGGCGCCGGCCGCCCCCACCCCGUGUUCUUCAGGUCAUGAGCACUACUAGUGGUACUCUGCAUGUCGUCGAUGUCCGGAUAACCUACCAGUCAACUACUGCACGGCGAUGUGCUCAGAGAAAAUAUAAUACUGUAAUACCUUGUAUAUAUUAUGUAUAUUAUGUUCCCCUCCAACUUAUGAAUACUGCAACUUUGUGCUAUUUAGUC